GUAAAAUGUUACAAACUAUACAUAUCAGCAACACAUUACCUACUUUGACUCAUCCUACUUCAGAUAAGCAAACUGCUUUCUUCUGUAACAAAGUUACUCAGCCAGGAAAGUGUGUAUGUAGGGAC